UGCACUGCACUCACACUGACUCUGUAUUCUAUAAUGAAUGUCAAAAUGUCAAGUUGUUGUUUGUUGUUAGGUUAGGUAGGAAGUACCGAAGUAACUAAUCUUUUAGGUUGUUUUAACAUCAAUUUAAUCAUAGGGUCGUGGUGUGCACGUUUAUGAUACCGUGGAUAUAAGAAAAUCUUUAAAAUGUCCGGGGUAAAUCUGAUUAAUGCUGUCUGCGAUCGUAUAAAAUUGGACAAAGAAAAACUUGAACAUAAUGAACUGGGGAGGAUAGAAAUAGAGAAUUUCUGCCUGUCUGAAUUUUGGUCACAAUUUGGAGCUGCAGUACAAUCGUUGAAUAAUCAAGUUACAAAAAUAGGCUUCAUAUGUGGUAAAAAGCCGUUCCCAUCAAAGGUUGAUCUGGACUCCAUGCUGCAGACAAUGUCCCAACAUUACAACAUGGUGAAAGAAUUUUUCAUGGUGCUACCACCAGAUGAGGGAGCUGUUUUAUACAAAGCUGUAACAUCGUCUCUGGUUUCCAUUAUGUCUUCCUUGUUUGACUUUGUAAAAUCGUUACACAAUCUAACAGAAAAAGGGGCGAAAGACAGACUGACUUUGACCGGUCAGUUCUGGGACGCCUGCAGUGCUGUUGACAUCCUUCCCAAGGAUAACUUACAAGCCACUCUCCAAGUUUUGGGCAAUGAAGUAAACUUAGCCUCAGACGCCAAGGAGGAGUUGGAAACUACAUUAAAAGAAGACGAUGAGGGGAAUGAUGAGUCAUGGACAGACUCCGAGCGAGAGCUGGCAAAAAAUGCAUUAGGACUAACUAAGGUAACACAUGUUUGUGUCAAAUGGUUAAGAGAUGCAGUAAGAAAGCAAGGAUCAUUAGCAAGCACGGAUGACCUGGAUGUCGCGGCCAGCAUCGGGUCUACAGUGAGCCCAGCUUUGGACAAUUUUGUCUCAGAACUUUACCAUCCGGUAGAUUUCCCGACAGUUUAUGAAAUGGCAGAAAAACUAGUGCAAGUUUUGCGUUCUUUAUUGACGACAAUGAAAGGGACCCAUUUUGCUGUGGCCUUCAGUUCAGAGAACAUAAGCAAGUUGGAACAAUUCAUCAGCCACAAUCACCAGAAAGUUGACCCGAGUGCUGCUGCAGUACCUCAACUUGCUAGUCUAUGUCUAAACUCCAGCCAUGUCGAGGGACAUGAAGCCUGAUAUCAAAACCGAAAAAGAGCCUGCAAAGGAUGAAGCAGCCGAAGAAAUUGCCAAAGAUAAACCUCAAAGUCAGCGGGCCCAACACACGAGGGCUUCAGACAUCAUUGUACUUACAGUUCUCGCCACAUUCCUUCUGCUCUACAUUCUCAUCAAAGACUGGCUGUUGAUAGUAAUAAACGGUGUACUACUGUGUCUCUAUGUGUUAUUUAUUCGACGACGACUGCCUCUUCCCGUCUAUGGAACAAUGGACCUCGUCGAAUAUCUAAACAAACUAUCAUGACUGUCAAUAUGUUUGAAAAUACACUCUUUUAACGUUU